UCUAAACGAAUCAAUCUUGAGUGAAACAAAAUGGCUGCGUCCUUACGAGGGUUUCAUGGUGUCUGCAGGGUCGUUCCACCGCGAUCUAGUUGGAAUUGUCCACCCAAAAAGUGUUGGUUUAGUAGUACUGUUGUUGGAACCAGCCUGGAAAUUGAAAAGGGCACCAAGGAAACAGUGGAAUAUCCACCGAUCAAGCCCAAAUAUCCCGAAGGCUCAUGGGGCAAAACAGAUCGUUCUUAUGCCUGGAUGUGGCAUUCAUUGAAGGGCGAGGUGUUGAGUAUACCUAAAGUCUCAGACAGGCAAAAUAUUUUACUACAAAAGGAGACUGAUUCUGUUGUCCUCGAACCUGUUAAUGAGCAUCCAUCAUGUUUACCGUUUCGACAAUAUGUCACCAAAACACAUCUUAUUCCAUGGACAAGCAGCAAGGCUUCAUCAUCAUCAAACUUGGAUCACUCUCCUCAUUCUGCUGACCUUCACGACAACUUGCACUCGGAGCAUGUUGAGUCAAUUGUUGAAAGAAUUAAGCAAGUCGUGAGUGAACAUCUCAUCACAGAAAAUGAACUUGUAGCAAGGGAACAAACACACCCUUCAAAACAUAAUAGUUUCAGAUGCAAAUUGCUGUUCCGUUGCAUCUCAGAUGCAAUAACUACCCACGCCUGGAAGGACUAUGAACACUUGAGAAUGUGUCAGUACGAUGAAGAUGUUAUUGUCAGGGCUUUAUGGCAUCGAAUAGGUAUAGAGAGGGAAAAACAGGAAGGUGAUUUAGAAUAUUCAACUCGAGAAGAUAUGCUGGAUAUUAUCUCUAAAAUGGAUCAAACAGUCAUGUCUAAAAUCGUGUUUGAUGCCAUGCUGCGCCACCAUCAUCCACUACCACAAGUAAAGUCAAGGCACAAUGAGCUGUGUACAAGUACUCCAGCCCCUGAGCUCCUGUAUGGAACAAGCAGCUAUGGGCAUAGCCAUUCACCACGGCAGCAGUUAAAAAGCAUAUCUGCAGGUCAUAAACUUGGAGACCCAUGUGAGUUUGGUAUGCUGGGUUUCUUGUCAACUUGUGAGACCAAUGAGUUGGAAGAAAAAUAUAACAGAACUGUGGCUGAACAGAGCCGGCUAGCACUGGGUCUUACAAGUUCCUUCACAUGGCUCGCUGCUCAGACAUUUAAUCAAGGCUUCAGCGAUGUGGUGGACAUGACGUACCCCCUCACCUGUCAGACCGUGUUGUCAGAUGGACGCAGUUUCUCCUUCUUGAUGUACCAGCUCAACACUUUAGAGCUCUGGCAGGACAAUGAUGCAAAUGGAUUGGUGAACCUCUGCUGGCACACACCAGAGAUGCCCCUUUACCACAGCAUCGAUAAUGGCCAGGUGAGAGAACUGAAUGAGGAUGUGAUAAGAAGACUGGUUCAGAUGUUCUUGCUGUCCCCUGUGGAGCGAGACUAUGACAUGAAACCAACAGUGACUGACAAGGACACUGACCUUCACCUCAAGCAAGACUUUAUUCCGGAGAGAGUGAUUGUGGAGAAGAUUAUCAGAGAAGAGCAGUACAUUGUUUGAAAUGUUAUCACAAAAUUGUAGUUAUAUAUUAAGUUACAUCUAGCACAAUGUUGCAUACUACUGCCACAUCUUUUUGAACUUAUUGAUUGUUCAAAAGAAAUUUUAUGUUGCUGAGUUGAACUUCUCAGCAACGCUUUGGGUGUAGGUAUCCACUGUAUAUAAAAAAUA